GAGACACGUGACGGGCUUUGUGACGUCACCGGAUCAAACCGAAGCAAAGGCCGGGAGUCCGAGAGAGAGAGAACGAAAAUUAGAUUUAAAUAAAUAAAAUUAAACUGCGGUGAAAAGGGAAUUCCCCCAGUGUGGGGGAAAGUUUAUAUAAUCAAGUCAAACACUCUUAUUUCAACAUCAGUGAAGCCUUCAGGGCCAUAUCAGCAGCUGUCAAUCAAACUGCUCUUAAUGAUAAAUUCACACUCAUUAUGAUGGUGUGUGUGUGCUGGAGUCUGAUUUCUCCUCUUCAGUCACAUGACUUCAGGACGUUUUCAGCUGUUGUACUAAAAUUAACCCUUCAGAUGAUUGGCUGAAGGACUGACACACACAGCCAUCUAGGGUGUGUGUGUGUGUCACUCAGAGCAGCAGUCAGAGGACCACCGGGCAGCAGCAGAUGGCGGUCUCUCAGAUUACCCCCACCCUGUUUCUCAGUGGGGCCGACGCCCCUCUCAACGCAGGACUGGUGUUGAAGAAAGGCAUCACUCUGAUUGUCAAUGCCACACUGAGCCACGCCUGCCCCGCCUACCCAGGGGUGGAGUGCCUGCGGGUCCCUGUCUCCGACCUGCCGAGUGCCCGCCUCGGGGAUUACUUUGACUGGGUGGCUAAGCGUAUCCAUGGUAACUGUGGCGGUGGGACGCUGGUGCACUGUGCUGCCGGGAUGAGCCGCUCUCCAGCACUGGUGAUGGCGUACCUGAUGCGCUACAGGGGCGUGACGCUGCGGCGGGCACACCACUGGGUCCAGGAGAGCCGGCCCUACAUCCGGCUGAACGCCGGCUUUUGGGAGCAGCUGUUGCAGUACGAGAAGAGGCUGUACGGGAGGAACACCGUCAGGGUGGCCCCAGAGCCGCCACCCAGGACGCCGCCUGGGACACCGCGGCUGACCAGGUCUCAGCAGCAGACGGGCCUGCUAACACUGGUGCCCAGGUCACCACUGAUGUCACGUGCUCAGGUGACAUCAUCAGCAAACAGAUCCAGGAGGGGAUCCAAAACCAUCAAAGUCUGAAAUUCAAACACCUGGAUCCUCAGAGGGAUCCCUGCGCACACCUCGGUCCCUGCACACACCUGGAUCCCUGCACACACCUCAGUCCCCGCACACACACCUGGAUCCCCGCACACACCUGGAUCCCCGCACACAACUGGAUCCCCGCACACACCUGGAUCCCCGCACACACCUCGGUCCCCGCACACACCUGGUUCCUCGCACACAACUGGAUCCCCGCACACACCUCGGUCCCCGCACACACCUGGAUCCCCGCACACACCUGGAUCCCCGCACACACCUCGGUCCCUGCACACACCUGGAUCC